AACACAACAAUUUCAUUGUGACGCAGGAGGGUUGAUGUACAAGCUACCUGAAAGCAACCUCCAAUAUGUGACAUCCAUAACAUUCUUGCUCACGACUUAUGCUAAAUACAUGAAAGCAACCAGGCACACCUUCAACUGUGGCAAUCUCUUAGUCACUCCAAAUUCCCUGUUAUAUGUGGCUAAAAGACAGGUGGAUUACAUACUAGGGGAGAAUCCAAUUCGAAUGUCCUACAUGGUAGGAUUCGGGCCAAAUUUUCCUAAGAGAAUUCACCAUAGAGGUUCUUCUUUGCCAUCAUUGGCAAGCCACCCUCAAGCUAUAGGUUGUGAUAGUGGCUUCGAGCCUUUCUUCCAUUCAGCAAAUCCUAAUCCUAACAUCUUAACCGGAGCUAUUGUGGGCGGUCCGAACCAGAAUGAUGGCUACCCAGAUGAACGCAGCGAUUAUAGUCAUUCGGAGCCUGCUACAUACAUCAACGCUGCUAUGGUUGGACCCUUGGCAUACUUUGCUGCUACCUUAAAUUAG